CACUCGUAUACUGCUAGGAACUCGCUUUGUUCUAAAAAUAAUAUAACUCAAGGAAGUUCCUUAAUAAUCCGAGAUAUAAGUAAAGGGUAUAUUAACCUGCUCUACUGUCCGUUUCUCAAUUGUCUCUCUCCUUCAAUUAUAUCAAUACCUCUUAAACAGAAUCACACGCUCCACCUCCUCCCCUUGUAUUUCCCUGAAAUUCCCCUAAAUACAUACGGUAUAUUAUUCACCCUUUAGCCUAUCUACACCAGCUCGAUAAAAUGGUUGCCUAUAUGCAUUUGAUGCUCCUUGCUACGGCAUGCUUCCAAAGCACCAUAGUUUCUGCUCUUCCAACCCCAGGAGAGAUAAGUGCUAACUGGGCGGACUCGGCAUUCGUUAUCUGCAUAAAGAAAACCUAUCCAAACUAUCCAGCAGGCGUCACCGACCCCAACAUCGUCCUUGGCUGUAGAAACUACCAUAAGAAGCGUGGCGUUACGGAUCUCGAAGCUGAUAACCUGGGCUCCCGAGACAUUCCCGGCCUUGUUCUCGCCCCUGGCGCAGAAUGUGACGGGGGCCCAGAUGCGCCUCUGCCGAAAAACUUCCUAGUUGUUACUGAUAUCCGCGCUGGGGCCGCUAAUUGGUGUGAUGCGAUGAAGAGCGACCUUAUCAAAUUCGGCCUAGGAAAGAUUGAUCAGAACUUCAAUAAUGCCGUAACGAAGACGGCUAACGAACUUCACGGACAUAAAGGCGUAGCCUUAUCGAUCCUGUUUGCAGUCACCCCACAAGGCCGAGCGGCUCUUAAGGGAGCUACCGUAGCGAACGCGGCUCUACUCAAAACCUGCACGGAAGCAAUUACAGCGCUUGCAACAAAGGGUGGGCAGGGCUGUACAAGAGAUAUUAACUGGUAUAACGCUGGGAAGGCCAAGGGUCAGACGAGCACGGGGGCUCGAGCUGGGGGAAUUGAUAUUAGUAAUGGUCCGGACGAUUUUGGUUAUAUGUCUAUGGAGUUCAUGGCGCCUUCUUAAUGCCCUGUCUAUUAUGUUUUUGUUGGUACAGCUAUGGCUGUAGGCAACGGGACAUGGGCAAUGGGACAUGGGCAACGGGACAUAC